GUUGCACCGUGCCCAAGCCCAAAUUGAGUUGAGGCAGCCCCAAUUGCAAUAGCAGCAACGUUGCACGCUCUGUGUCUCUUAACUCCUUCGUUCCUUCUCUAUGCUAUGCCUAUCCAUGUCACUCUGUGAAUCUGAGUGUCACUACCAGCGCCAUUGGAUUGCGUCUUCAGGUCCAUUUUUACGUUAUUUACGCAAUGACCCCGGUCAGGGUCAAUGUAUAAAUACUCUAAAUAAUCGUGCACGACUCAAAUUUUGUUGCAUUACAAAUUGCAGCUCCAUUUUUGGUGACAUCAACCAAAUCACUUAAAAAUCGUGAGCUCCUAGGUUCGAGCUUCGUUGGUUGCUGCCAUUGUAAAAAAACAAAAGAGAGAGAGAGAGAGAGAGAGAGAGAGAAAAACCGAGUGUUGUUGUAUUUUGUUCGAUGGUUUCUGAGGCUGACCUAGAAAACGACGAUCGAUGUUUUUUACUGUACUUCAUCAUGGGAACCUACUUGGGCCCCGACAUCAAAGGCGAAGCCACCAAAAAAUCAAUCUUGCAAAGAGUUGCGGAGGGGCUUCCUCCUUACACAUUGGAGCAACUAACUCAUUCUUGCAUCGAAGUGGUGGAAUUGGAGCGUGUCUACUAUUACAUUCUCAGGAACACUGAUAAAUCACUCAUCCUCAACUUAACCUCUUUGCGCCGUUUCUUCCAUGGCCAAGCACAGGGUGGAGAUGGAAAUGGAAACAACAAUUACCCUCAAUUUCCUGAGUUGUUCCCUCCUGGGUUUCAUCCUCAGUACCGCUUAAAAAACAAGCACAAAGUUAUUGAUAAUGUUGUGUUUAUUAAUAACCCUGAUAGCUUCUAUAUUAGGUCUGAGGAUGUUGAGAGGUUCAAGAGGCUGAGUGGUGUGCAGGAGUUGCAUGUGGACAGAGAUGUUGCCAGGUUGCAAUUGGGUACUUGUUUUGAUAACAACAAUCGUGUUCCGAGUAACAGUACCAUUUCAGAGGGGAAGGUUGAGCCUGAUGGUAAUGUUGAGUCCUGUGGUGGUGCUGGUUCUUCUGAGCUUCAGGAUCGUGUGAAUGUUGUUGCAUCCACGAGUGACGGCACCACGUGUCGUGGUGGCGGUACUAAUGUGAUGUAUGAUUUCAUGGAUACUGAAGAUGAUGAGAGUGAUCCUGAUAAGGUUGGGCCGGCUAUGUUGUUCCUUCCUUCGCGGCCUUCUAAGAAGGAAUGGUCUGAUAUUGUGGCUGCUACCAAGAAUGGUUUUGCAUUGACCGGAACUGUGGCUAUGGGGGGGAUUGGGCCAACCAUGGGGCUUGUGGACAUUGGAGAGUGUGAAGAUGCGUACCUGUUUCGCUUGUCUCUUCCAGGAGUGAAGAGGGAUGAAAGGGAAUUCAGCUGUGAGGUUGGCACUGAUGGUAAAGUGUUGAUAUCUGGAGUAACUACAACUGGAGAGAAUACUGUAUCCCGGUACUCUCAGGUAUUUGAAAUGCAAACUCACAACCUUUGUCCACCGGGCCGAUUCUCCAUCUCAUUCCAGCUGCCUGGCCCUGUUGAUCCACAUCAAUUUUCAGGUAAUUUUGGCACUGAUGGGAUUCUUGAAGGAAUUGUCAUGAAAGGGAAAUGUACAUGAUGGCAAAGUUCUGUCCAAUUAGAGUCCUUCCAUUUAUUCCACCACACCAGGCACCGACGAAGGUUACUAUAUAUUGAUGCAAAAUGUCAAAUGGAUGUGGUUUUGUUUUGAGUGAUAGUAUCCUGUAUAGUGUCUACCUUUUUCUUAUUUAUUUUGAAAUUUAGUGAUGCACAUGCUCAGAUGACUGACAUUCUCUUCGUGUUAAAGUGAUCAUGCCAGUGUUAAUUAAUCCAUUUUAUGGACAUAUGUGGGAGUGCUUCGCAGAUGAAUAUAUUCAAUUCUUUUGAAAAAUCA